GGAGUAUCAAACACAUAAAUUGAAAAUUUGAGGUGCAUAUAUACCCCAUCCCCUGCUUCAUAUGAGAACACUGCUGAGUGCUCCUCUCUCUCUCUGCAUUUUCAUGGUUGCAUGCACCAUGGGAUGAAAUGGCAUAGUAUAGUACGAAACCCUAGUCUCCGGCUCUAAGCCAUAGUAUAAGAUGACUUGCCUGAGCAACGAUAACCGGUUUGCUCUGAUCGGAGUGGCCUCGACCAGAAUCAAGGAAGAGGCUCUUCCUUCCAAUAAUUGCGGAAACAAAGCAACACCUCCUAUGAGUGAGUUCCUGUUGGAGAAGGUUUUCCCGGUUUAUGCUGUCGGAGUCUCGGUUCCUGACCCGAACUUGGUCGUUUCCCUCGCCAAUUCGGGCCGUGGAGUUGGCGACCCUAUUUGGGAUGCCGUUCGUCAAGAAGCCAAAUCCGAGGCAGAGAAGGAGCCGAUACUAAGUAGUUAUCUAUAUGCAAGUAUUUUGUCACAUGAUUGCUUAGAGCGGGCGUUAGGUUUUGUUCUUGCCAACCGGUUGCAAAAUCCCACACUUUUGGCAACACAAUUGAUGGACAUAUUCUGUGGUGUCAUAUUGCAUGACCGAGGGAUGCAACGUUCCAUUCGUAUGGAUAUACAGGCAUUCAAAGAUAGGGACCCAUCUUGUUUGUCAUACUGCUCCGCUUUAUUGUACCUUAAGGGUUACAAUACUUUACAAACACACAGAGUUGCACAUGCAUUGUGGAAUCAAGGGCGCAAUGUUCUGGCACUAGCACUGCAAAGUCGAGCCAGUGAGGUAUUUGGGGUUGAUAUUCAUCCUGCUGCUAAAAUGGGAGAGGGAAUCCUUCUUGACCAUGCCACCGGCGUAGUUAUUGGUGAAACCGCUGUUAUUGGAAAUAGAGUUUCACUAAUGCAGGGUGUGACCUUGGGAGGUACCGGCAAAGAAAUAGGUGACCGCCAUCCAAAAGUGGGCCAAGGUGCUCUUAUCGGAGCUGGUGCAACUAUACUUGGGAAUAUAAAAGUAGGAGAAGGUGCAAUGAUAGCAGCUGGUUCACUUGUAUUGAAAGAUGUUCCCCCUCACAGCAUGGUGGCAGGAAUACCCGCCAAAGUAAUUGGUUAUGUUGAAGAUCAAGAUCCAUCUUUGACAAUGAAGCAUGAUGCUAGCAAAGAAUUUUUUGAACAAGUAGCUUGUAGAUUCCCUGCAUCUUGAUUCAAGUGAUUUGAUUGAGAUUGGUCAUUAUGGUUUUUACAAAUGCAGACGACUGCAUUUUCCCCCACUCACUUCAAUGGAGGUGAAAUGAUUUUGGAUUUUCACCUCAGUAAAUAUUGCAUGAUUCUGAGAAACAAAAGAAUAAGGCUUGUUCUUGACGGAGUACAGAUUGGAUACAUCAUUCAAUCAUUUGUAUUUUGUACACAAAUUAUGUAUAAUAAUUCAGCUUACUCCUUUUUGUUGUUGUAACAUAUAGGCAUAUAGCCUGAUGCAGUGUAAUGAACGAUUAGUAUGUGGAAACCUUCUGAAUGAUGAAUGUGUAUGAUUGAUGUUGAGCAAGCGGG